CGCCGCCACGGCGCGACAGUCCUGCGCGCGGCCGAGGCGGCGCAGCUGGCGGCGGCGCGCCAGGCGUUCCCGCCGCCGCCGCUGCCGCUGGUGGUGCGCGACAGCGGCGACACGAGCGACACCUCCGACUGCGAGAGCGGCAGCCCGGCCACCUGCCGGGCCGGCCGCAACGACAGCAGCGCCAGCUUCAAGUCGACCUCGAGCACCGAGUCGGACUCGUUCCCAUUCGCCAACGACAACGCCGGCACGAUCAAGCAGCGGGCCCAGCGUCCGCACGCGGCCGUCGGCGACCUGGCCUCUAGUCUAAGUGCCAAGUCGGCCAAAGCGCCCGCGGGCACGGCCGGCGGCCAGGGCGACGUGCUGAACGACAUCGGGUCCAUGCUGGCCGACCUAACCGACGAGCUGGACGCCAUGUUGGAACUGGAGAGUGAGGCGCAGUGAGCAUGCGCGCCCGCCGAGCGCGCGCCGGCCGGCCGGUCCCGUUUUGUAUUGCUGGUGCUGUGGCGCGGACCGGGCGAGGCCGCGCGGCCGGCGCCGGGCGGCGGCGCUGAGCCGGCACCUGGGCUGGGAGCGCGCCGCCGCCGCCGCCCGCCGCGCACGCCGCUCGUCUCCUGCCGGCCUGUUAUACAUACUUGUACAGGAUGGCGGAGGGCGCGAAGGUGUCCCGGCCGCCUGCGCUCGGCCCCGAUCGUACGAUUCAGUGGGGAGCGAUGGCCUACGUUUUGUUCAGUUGCAUUUCGCUCAACGCCACCACCCCACGAUGUUGCAUUUAGGCGCUGCUGAUGGGAAGAAUAACGCAUUUUGUUUUAAUCUAAUGAGCUUGUUUUGCGCCCCGUGCCGGCGGGGCUCAAAAGAGUUGUGUUUGUGUCCGUCGCCUUCGGUUUCACGCCUUUCCGCGACAUGGAGCGAAUGAAUCGACGGGAGCUGAGCUAAGGAUCACCUCCUCCUCGGUGUACCGGGUGCCCCGGAGGGGGCCGUCCGGUUCGUUCCGUGAAUGUCGUCUCACCGCCGCACACCGUUGUGUACACUCCCGCCGCGGCGGCGUCGUGACCGGACUGGACCCGUGUGCACGUGCAGGUGCGGCAGGCCACGAGGCACGAUGCGCUGGCUCCGCGCUCUGUUGACUGCCCCCUGUCGUAUCGUGUAUAAUUGUUUUGGAGAAGUUGUCCUUAGUACUCAGCGUUUUAUGUUUCGAUCUGUGUUUUCUGACCGCGGGGAUGCUGUGUGAAAGAGUAUUUGUACUGACAUUGUUCAAGAAUAUAAGAUGAGUCAAUCGUU